AGGGCUUUAAUCAUUUCAAAUAUUGACUUAAAAGAAAGCUUUUAAAGUGGAACAUAACCAAACAGACAAAUUUACCAGCAAAGAGAUAACAAACUGGCGUGUGUAGGAUUUAUUUCGAUGAUGACUACCUUUUUAUAUCCGUAUCAAACCUUGCAUAUAUUACAGAUAAUGUAAGUUAAAUUUAUAUGUACAACAGGUUGCGCAACUAGAAAAAUGAAAUUAUGAUUGAACUGAAGAACUUUUUUUUCAAAACAUCAAAGGAAAUAAUAAUUUACUUGCGGACAUCGCCAAAUAUAUAACGGAAAUCACUACUUUAUUGAUAAUAAUCAAUUAAUUAUGGAUGAAACUGCACUUGACUAUCGUUAUUAUAACACGGACUUAAUGAAUAAUGGUCAGAGAGACUUACGACAGUCAACAACGAACACUGAAAAUAUUGUGCCACCGGAAAUGCAGCCAUUUUCAACCGGAAAUGAAAAUAUAUAUGAAGACACCGGUUCUAGAGAACCUGAUCACCAUUAUUCAAGCAUAUAUGAAAUUCCAGGGCAAGACCGCGGAGGAAUAGUGGAAAAUAAAAAGGAUGUUGUACAAAUUAGACGUUCUAAGUUAUCAAAAAUUGUAUUUUUAACGAUUGUAUUUAUUAUUUUACUCGUUACUGGUAGUGUAUUGUUGGGCUUUAUGUUAGGAUCGUGUACUGAAGAAAAUAAACAAGACUUAGAGUCGGUCGUCGUGAAAGGUUCCAGCGAAUGCGACAUAUUUCCAUGCAAGAACGGAACAUGUGUUAUAAAAGAUGUUGGGUUAUCAUGUUCGUGUUUUCCCAGCUUUGUCGGUGAAUUCUGUGAACAUGGUAUACAAAAUACUGAAAAUAAAUGUGGCCAUUCUUGCGGAAAUGGAACAUGUUUCGAAGGUGAUGGUGUCGCACUCUGUCGCUGUUUUCCUGGAUAUGGUGGAGUGUUCUGUGAAUAUGAUAUUGAUGAUUGUGCAUCCAGUCCUUGUGGAUUCCACGGCACCUGUAUCGAUGGUAACAGUACGUUCACGUGCAUUUGUGAAAGUAACUACGGUGGAUUGCGUUGCUUGGAAGAAUGGACGCUUGUGUUUCGUGGUACGGCAGGCGCCGGAAGUGACAUCUAUCGUGUAUGGAAAGAUGGCGAAAAUGCUACAAUCACAGAUGAAACGUGCAUGACGACUGACGUCACCUCCUGUAAAAGACAUUACAGACAUCCGGUCGUUGAUACUUGGAAACUUUUAGGCAUAACUAAGGUGAAACUUUCAUUUUAUAACAAUAAUACUGAACGUGCAUAUAUUGUAUUCAACGGAACCGGAAGUGACAUCACAUCAUGGUUUAAAUCUUUCCGGAUCAUCCAUUCAUCGUGGACCAAUAUGGCGUCUCAAAGAUUUCAGUUAUUUUCAAUUUUUGGAAACGACCCCUGGCGGCGGUUUCUCAUCAGCCGCCAUCUUGGACAGUGUGCUGAUGACGUCAUGUACACGGCCACAAUUGUUCCACACCAUUACACAUGCAGCUAUGAUCAGCAUCCCGUAUAUCCCCAGUUUUUAUAUUCUACAUCAAACAGUUACGGGUAUCCUGGGAAAUUAAAAGGUUUUGCAGCCGCUGACGUCAUGGCUAUUUUCAUUCAAUAUUGACGACACAGAACUUUUUUUUUCAUUCCAACGCAUAAAUGAUAAUAUUAUGAAUAUACAUGUAUGCUACUGAGUCCAAAAUUAGAUAUUUACCAAUUUGUUAUAAUU